GGGAUUUAUAUUAUUAAUUUCAAGUUUUUUUUUUAUUUGAUUCGUGACGCCUAUAAAUAGAAAGCUUUGCCUUAACUUUUUUCUCAAUCAACUAAGCUUGUUUUCAGUAGACUUUAAGAUUUGCAUUGAGCUUUUUGCGUAAGUGAGGUUUGAGUAUGGGAAGUUGCAGGGUUAUUGGUGCUUUAUUCUUGGUUUUGCUCCUUGUGGAUUUAGCUUUUGCUGCUAGGUCAUUUAAGGCUGUAGGAAAGGGAGGUGGUGCUGGAGGAGGAGGAGGAGGAGGAAGUGGUGGAGGUGGUGCCAAUGGUUUAGGCUCAGGUUCUGGAUAUGGUUCAGGGUAUGGUUCCGGAAGUGGCUCAGGAUAUGGUUCGGGAGCUUAUGGUAGUGGAGGAGGUGGAGGGGGUGGUGGGGGCGGAGGUGGAGGUGGUGGCAGCUCUGGAUCUGGUAGUGGGUCUGGGUAUGGGUCAGGAUCUGGAUCAGGGUAUGGGUCUGGUGGUGGGAUAGGAGGUGGUGGUGGUGGUGGUGGCGGUGGAGGCUCAGGAUAUGGGUCCGGAUCCGGAUACGGAAGUGGUGGCGGUAGAGGUGGAGGAGGAGGAGGAGGUGGUGGCGGUGGAGGUGGAGGUGGUGGAGGCAAUGGUUCAGGUUAUGGAAGUGGUUCAGGAUAUGGAAGUGGGUCAGGUUAUGGUAGUAGUGGAGAUGAUGAUUACUCACCAGAACAGGGAUGUUUGAAUAUGGGAAGUUCAAGGGUUAUUGGUGCUGCAUUCCUGGCUUUACUCCUUGUAGAUCUAGCUUUUGCUGCUAGGCUAGGAAAGGGAGGUGGUGGGGGUGGGGGUGGGGGUGGAGGAGGCGGCGGCUCUGGAUCAGGCAGUGGCUCUGGGUAUGGGUCAGGAUCUGGAUCAGGGCAUGGGUCUGGUGGUGGGAUAGGAAGUGGUGGAGGAGGUGGUGGUGGCAGCGGAGGUGGUGGUGGUGGAGGUGGUGGCAACGGAGGUGGGUCGGGAUAUGGGUCUGGAUCUGGAUAUGGAAGUGGGUCUGGAUAUGGAAGUGGAGGUGGUAGAGGUAGAGGUGGAGGAGGAGGUGGUGGCAGUGGAGGUGGUGGUGGCGGAGGUGGUGGUCAUGGAGGAGGGUCAGGAUAUGGAUCAGGGUCCGGAUACGGAAGUGGGAGUGGGAGUGGAAGUGGAAGCGGUAGAGGUGGAGGAGGAGGUGGUGGCAGUGGAGGUGGAGGAGGCGGAGGUGGAGGUGAAGGCAAUGGUUCGGGCUAUGGAAGUGGGUCUGGGUAUGGUUCAGGGUAUGGAAGUGGUGGAGGAGGUGGUGGUGGCAGUGGAGGUGGCGGUGGUGGAGGUGGUGACAACGGAGGUGGGUCGGGAUAUGGGUCUGGAUCUGGAUAUGGAAGUGGGUCUGGAUCUGGAAGUGGAGGUGGUAGUGGUAGAGGUGGAGGAGGAGGUGGUGGCAGUGGAGGUGGCGGUGGCGGAGGUGGUGGUCAUGGAGGAGGGUCAGGAUAUGGAUCCGGGUCCGGAUACGGAAGUGGGAAUGGAAGUGGAGGUGGUAGAGGUGGAGGAGGAGGUGGUGGCAGUGGAGGUGGCGGUGGCGGAGGUGGUGGUCAUGGAGGAGGGUCAGGAUAUGGAUCCGGGUCCGGAUACGGAAGUGGGAGUGGAAGUGGAGGUGGUAGAGGUGGAGGAAGAGGUGGUGGUAGUGGAGGUGGAGGAGGCGGAGGUGGAGGUGAAGGCAAUGGUUCGGGCUAUGGAAGUGGAUCUGGGUAUGGUUCAGGGUAUGGUAAAGGUGGAGGAUGA